AAACAGUCCGAACUAAACUAACCCACACUGCGCCCUCUGAAUUAGUCGCUGCGCAUUCAUUUAGAGGAAGAGUUAGUUGAGUGUGUGGAUACAAGUUUUAAGAAGACAGCUGAAGCGAUCUCAUUGUGAUUUGGAAGAGCCGAAUAGUUACAAUGGAGUUGCCAGAUAUUUCAUUUCCUAUCACGUCUCCAGAUGACUUCUACGACGACCCUUGCUUUAACACCAGCGACAUGCAGUUCUUUGAGGACCUGGAUCCAAGGCUGGUGCAUGUCGGUCUCCUUAAACCGGACGACCACCAUCACAAUGAGGACGAGCACAUCCGGGCACCAAGCGGGCACCACCAGGCCGGCAGGUGCCUCCUGUGGGCGUGCAAAGCCUGCAAGAGAAAGACCACAAAUGCGGACCGCAGGAAAGCGGCUACCAUGCGGGAGAGGAGACGACUGAGCAAGGUGAACGACGCCUUCGAAACGCUGAAGAGAUGUACCUCCACUAAUCCCAACCAGAGGCUGCCCAAGGUGGAUAUUCUGCGGAACGCCAUCAGCUACAUCGAGUCCCUCCAAGGCCUGCUUCGCGGGGCCGGACAGGAGGACAGCUAUUACCCGGUGAUGGAUCACUACAGCGGGGAUUCGGACGCGUCGAGUCCCCGCUCCAACUGCUCGGAUGGAAUGAUGGAUUUCAAUGGCCCAUCUUGUCCUCCAAGACGACGAAACAACUAUGAUAGCACCUACUUCAACGAAACACCAAAUGAUUCCAGAAACAAGAAGAACUCUGUUAUUUCCAGUUUGGACUGCCUGUCAAGCAUUGUAGAGCGCAUCACCACUGACGCCUCUGCCUGCCCCGCUAUCCAGGACGGCUCUGAGGGCAGCACCCCCUGUUCUCCCGGAGAUGGUUCUGUAGCGAGUGACACUGGAGCUACCAUCCCGUCUCCGACCCACUGUAUCCCAGCGUCGCAUGACCCAAACACUGUCUACCAGGUGUUGUGAGUGUCCCCGUAGAAGAAUAAAAAGGACAGCCGAGGAUCGUGCCAGGUCGGUGGACUGUGCGGCAGCGCAAUCGUACAUUCUUCAAAACAACCCGUAUUCCGUUAAGGGAAGGAAAUGCCAAAUAAUAAAUAAAAAAAAGACUUGCCAAGGGUCGCGACGAAGCUGCACACGAAAAUAAGUUCCCAUGCAAGCUUUGAGACAGUAAAAAGGACGGUGUCCAAUUUCUUAAGGAAACUUUGGUCUUCAUUGGAUACUGUUUGUGUGUGUGAGAAUGUGUGGUCUGUAUGUGUUUGAAUGUAUUUAUGUGUAGGCCUAUGAUAUUUUAAGAUACUUGCUAUGACUGGCGUUGAAGAUUCAAUUCAUAUGAACGGAUACUACUCGAUUUUCGAUCAACAUAAUUUCAAUAAGGGAUUAUCAGUGUAAUAUUGUCAUUUCCAGUUGGGAAGGCAGAAACGCCUGUGAUAAAUUAAUCCGGAAGCUGAGGACCAUUUUGUAUAUUUGUUAAUAAGAGCUGUUUUGCGAAAAGAAAUUAUACGGAGUGUUGCUCUUAGAUAGUUGUGUCAGAUGUUAAUCUUUAUAUUUAUAAUAUCAGGAACUGAGUGAAUGCCAUUUUAAUAAAUACAUAUUUAUAUAUAAUC